AUGGGACUCACCACGCUUAGAGGCAAAUCGCUGGGCCGGGUCAUCGGUCUCAUCGGCGCAGUUGGGUUUGUGCUACAGGGUUAUGACCAGGCUGUUGCCAAUGGACUGCUUACCCUCGGCUCUUUCAUUGCUGUUUUCCCCCAAAUUGAUACCGUGAACACCCUUGGUAGCCAGAAGUCGUAUAAUUCGACUAUCCAAGGAACGACUGUCGCGAUUUAUGAGGUUGGGUGUGCAUUGGGUGCACUAGGGUGCGUCUUCCUGGGCGACAAACUAGGCCGCCGUAAAACCAUUUUCCUCGCGGGUUGUAUUGCGCUUGUGGGCGUGAUAAUACAAGCAAGCCCAUUUGCACUCGGUCAAUUGAUUGCUGGCCGAGUUAUCACGGGCCUUGGUGUCGGUGGAUUCACCGCAACAAUCCCCAUGUAUGUCUCAGAGUCGUCGGGAGCAGACGCUCGAGGACGAAUGGUUCUAUUAGAAGGAUGGUUUGCUAUCGGUGGCAUUGUCCUUGCGACUUGGCUUGAGUUUGGUUUAUACUACGUGAGUGAGAACUCGGUGAGCUGGCGCUUUCCGAUCGCCUUCCAAGGAACCUUCGCUCUUGUGGUUGUCUCAUGUAUCCUCUUUUUGCCCGAAUCCCCGCGUUGGCUAGCUCGAUGUGGUCGGAUGGAAGAAGCGGCCGAUGUCCUAGCCCGAAUGGAAGAUAUGCCAGCAGCAUCAGAGUGUGUCUCGCAGGAGCUAGAAAUCAUUCGGCAAUCACUGUUCAAGGAUGAGGUCGAUGAAGAGACAGUAUCGACCUCGCCCUUUGCACUGACGAAGAACCGACAUUUGCAUCGAACCUUCAUUGCAGUCGCGGUCAAUAUUCUCGCGCAGAUGACGGGUGUCAAUAUCAUUACCUUCUACUCUGAUACAAUCUUUGAGUCUGACCUAGGAUACUCCGGUACGAUUGCGCGUAUCAUUACUGGCUGCCUCCAGAUUUGGCAAUUCCUGGCUGCGGGUCUAGCGGUUCUACUAAUUGACCGUGUUGGGCGCCGGCCAUUGCUCCUCACAGCUGCUGCUGGUAUGACCAUUGCACAGACCUGCCUGGCAGGUCUUUCGAGUGAUCUCUCCAAUACGUCUGCCGCCGGCGCCUCUAUUCUGUUCUACUUCAUGGCUCUCUUCUGCUUUCCCAUUGGGCUGUUUCUCGUCCCAUUCAUGUACGCAGCGGAGAUCGCACCCCUCCGCACUCGUGCCAAGGUCACAGCAAUGUCGGCAGCUGCAAACUGGCUCUUCAACUUCCUUCUGGCGGAGGUGACACCGGUUGGAUUCGCCACCAUCCACUGGCGAUACUAUAUUGUCUAUGCUUGCAUCAGUGCGUUCGCCUGUGUCAGCUUUUACUUCUUCUGCCCAGAAACCAAAGGUCGUACAUUGGAGGAAAUCGACGAAAUUUUUGUUGAGUCGAAUUCAAUUUUUGAUCCUGUUCGGAUUGCCCAAGAGAUGCCAUACCAGACUGAUAUUCUGGCUCAUAUUGAUGACACUGAGAAGACUGGAGCCAAAGAUGAGCUGGUUGAAAAUGCUUAA